AUGGAGCAGUUGGAAAUGGUUGUGAGAAGCAGACGACUGCAGAGUAGCACUGUGGAAGCACUGUUUCACGAAACGAGAGAUUUAUUUGAGAACGAAGAGACCAGAGAAUCGUUCCUGAAGACAUUUGUAACACUCACUGAAUGUCAACUGGAACAGCUUGGCUUGGCAGUGCGCGAUACCUUUUUCUCACUAAUUCGCUCAGUGGGACUGAAUGAUUUGUCGCUGGAAUGGUUCGCGGCUCUGUCGAUGAAUGGUGAAAAAGUGACGGGUUUCGAAUACGAUUUUAUGGGCCUUCUGGUGUCUUGGCUAAGAGAAGUGCUGGACUUGAACACGGCGGAUCAUCGUCUUGCUAUACGAGUGCUUCAGCUUACCCAGCAAGCUAUAAAGUGUGGUUACUUCAGCUUUUGUUGGAUCAUUUCCAAAAUUUUGCUCAGUUGGAAUUUUCUUUAG